AUGAUCUCACAGGGCAACGCGGCACCAACCAGAAGCGAUCCGGCUACCACGGUCGUAUCGAUGCCUAGUCAUGGUGAUGCUGACAACCAUACAACAUUGGAAAUGCCAACAAAGCCCACCCUCAAGGGCGUGGACUCUGAAGCCUCGGUUCGGUUCUGGCAACAGCAUUUUGACGGAUUGGAUGCCUCUGCGUUUCCGACUGUCACGUCUUCUACGAGGGUACUACGCCAAGAUGGGCUAUUGGAGCAUAAGAUCGCCUACAUGACAUCGCCGACUCAACAGAAAUGGUCCAACGUGGCGAUUUGCCGAGCAGCACUCGCCGUGCUCCUCGCCCGAUAUACACAUGCGCCGGAAGCGCUAUUUGGCAUUGUUGUCACGCAUCUUGACCCGGACUCCAAGAACCAGACGGCAAAACCAGCCCAAGCCGUGGUACCUACGCGUGUGCUUUGUGCUCCUCACCAGUCUUGCUCAUGUCUUUUGCAACAUGUCACGGCACAUGACGCCACCGUGAGUCAACUUGACCGGGCUGGUCUUGAUGACAUUCGCAAGGCCGGGGAAUACGCGUCUGCCGCUUGUGGGUUCCAAACAGUCCUGGAAGUCGUCACAAAGGCGUCCAGCAACGAGUUACAUGGUCAGGAAAUUGCAACAUCAGAUGCAUUCCACCUCUGCACGGACCGUGCCCUCUUUCUUGAGUGCCAAAUGGCCGAUGACUCGGCCUUCAUUCGCGCGCGAUACGACCAGAGCUUAAUCGACGCUCGUCAGAUGACUCGUUUUCUAGGACAACUAGGUUGCUUGAUCAAGACGUUUUUGGGCUCUGUGGCUGAUAUGCCACUUGGACAGCUGCAACCACUUACACAAGAGGACCAGACAGAAAUUAAUGAUUGGAACUCGGCGGAGCUUGAAUCAAGUGACGUCUGCAUCCACGACGUGAUAGCUGAGAGGAGUGCCAGCAGGCCCGGUUCAACGGCCGUGUUCGCCUGGGAUGGCGAGUGGACGUAUGAGGAGCUCGACAGCCUCUCCUCCCGCCUGGCAGCCUAUAUCCAAUCUCUUGGUCUAGACCAUGAACAGGCCAUUCCAGUAUGCUUCGAGAAAUCCAAAUGGGUCGUCGUGGGAAUACUCGCUGUGCUCAAAGCUGGCCUGGCCUUCACUCUCAUUGAGCCGUCUCACCCGCCCGCGAGGAUUGCGCAAAUCUGCCAACAGACAUCAGCCACAAUUGCGCUGGUGUCGAGAAUGCAGUACAAUACCCUCCGAAAUCUCGUAUCUCAAUGCAUCAUAGUCGACGACGAGUUUUCUCAGUCUCUGUUAGCGUAUCAAGAUGGAUUCAUAUCUGUCGCAAAGCCCCAAAACUUGGCCUACAUCAUCUUCACUUCUGGCAGUACAGGCGAGCCAAAAGGCUGCAUGAUUGAGCACAGGGGAUUUGCAUCCUGCGCCCUGAAGUAUGCUCCGGAGCUCCAUAUCAGCCGCAAAUCGCGGUCUCUUCAGUUUGCUUCAUAUGCGUUUGGUGCAUGCAUCAUAGAAAUCGUAGCUACACUCAUGCAAGGAGGCUGUGUCUGCAUUCCCUCGGAGCAAGAUCGUAUGAACAACAUUGCAGACUUUAUAAAUAACGCCGGUGUAACCUGGGCGCUGCUGACUCCUUCGUUCAUCGGGGCUAUUCGACCAGAAAGCAUCCCGCGACUGCAAACACUGGUGUUGGGCGGAGAAGCGCUUUCGGCAGAAAUAAGAGAUACUUGGGCCUCGCAGGUCCAGUUGCUCUGCGGCUACGGCCAGAGUGAGACCUCGUCGAUUUGCAGUGUUGCUCGAAUCGACCCGGGGAUGGCUGAUCCGAGCAACAUUGGCAGAGCUACAGGUGCCCGUCUUUGGAUCACCGACCCUGAUAAUCCUCACCAACUGGCACCGAUAGGAUGCAUUGGUGAGUUGGUCGUGGAAAGUCCGGGAGUUGCGCGUGGCUACAUCGUUCCUCCGCCGCAAACCAAAUCACCUUUUAUUGCCGGGACGCCUAGUUGGCACCCUACGAGUCGGUAUCUGGACCGAUUCAGCUUCUAUAGAACCGGCGAUCUUGUACGUUACAAGUCUGAUGGUACUAUUGUAUACCUUGGGCGUCGAGAUUUGCAAGUCAAAAUCCGUGGUCAGAGGGUAGACAUCGGCGACGUCGAGACUCAUCUGCGACAACAAUUGCCCAGUGACGUGGUGGCCGUUGCCGAAGCAGUCCAACGGCCCAGCACGUCUCACAACACCAUUUUGGUUGCGUUUCUAGUAGGGCUAAAGCAGAAUGGACAAGACAAUACCAUUUCGGCAACGCGGGCGUCCAUCCUAGAGCCAAGUGUGGCCCGCGACAUUACAGCAAAGCUCCAGCAGCUUAUUCCUCAGUAUGGCAUUCCAUCAUAUUAUAUUCUCCUGGAACGUCUACCCACUACCGCAACUGGGAAGACGGAUCGAAGAAAGCUUCGCUCCAUCGGCGCCGAGCUGCUGGAUGAAAUGACCCAGAACAUGACGUCAAAGGAGGAAACCCCCACAGACUCUCCCAUCAGCAGAGAAGAGACGCUGCGGCAGCUGUGGUUUCGGAACCUCAAUAUUGACCCAAAGUCUCAUAUCCAGGCCGCCAACUUCUUCGACUUGGGGGGAGAUUCCAUCGCAGCCAUCAAAAUGGCCAACAUGGCGCGGUCAGCCGGCAUAGAACUGAGUGUAGCCGACAUUAUUCGGUACCCGGACCUUUCAAACCUUGUCAAUAAAGUGAGUGUGUAG